AUGGACCGCCCGUCGUUCAAGCGCAAGUUCGACAGCGACGAUGCCAGCGCCCGCAAGAACCAGAAGACGGCCGCCGACAAGCCCAAGAUGUCGUUCGCCCAGCGCAUGAUGGCCAAGAUGGGCUACAAGGAGGGCCAGGGCCUGGGAAAGUCCGGCGAGGGUAUCCUCAACCCCAUCGAGGUCAAGCUGCGGCCCCAGGGCGCUGGUGUUGGUGCCGUGAAGGAGAAGACCGAGCAGGCGAAGCAGGAGGCCCGCCGCGCCGCCGAACGUCGCGGUGAGGAGUAUGAGGACUCGUCCGAGGAGGAGCGCAAGGCGCGCCAGCGCAGGAAGGCAGAGCGCAGGAAGGCCGCCGAAAGUGGUACCAGCGGAGCCAGCACACCCUCGGGUUUCACCCGCCCAAAGACGAAGUACAGGACCGUUGCCGAUAUCGAAGCUGCCGCCGAGGGCCUCGAGGUGCCGAAUGUGCUGAAGAAUCUGAUCGAUGCUACCGGCAAGGAGACGAAGCUGCUUACGUCUACCGCGGGGCUGAUGACGCCUUUGGGUGGAACCCCGUCGGCAGCUACCGAAGCUGAGAAAAUCGCCACGCGUGCCCGUCGCGAGCUCGAAGCUUUCGCGAACUCGUGGACUGAAUUGACCGAGCGCAAGCAGUUCAUCGAGAUCGAAGAGGAGCAGCUUCAGCGGGAGAUCGACGAGCAGGAGCAAGCUAGUCGCAAAUUACAGGGGGUCACGGACGCCGUCGAAAGACUCAGCCGCCUGGAGCUGAACAGGCCCAGCACUGCUGACGACGCAUCGGCCCGCUGGGAACAGGUCGUCUCCGAGCUCGAGACAUUGCAGUUUGAGUUCCGCAAUGAGCUCAUGCAGUUCGGUCUGCAGGAGGCCGCCGUGGCUGCCAUUGCCCCGCUGUUCAAGCAGGAAAUGCUUGAUUGGGAGCCCCUGGAGAAGCCUAUGCAUCUCGUACCGUACAUCCACCGCCUGCGCACAAUUCUGGGCAUUGGUAAGGAUGAUCUUGUGCUUCACAGCGGACAUGAUGACCUCUAUGGCUACAGAAGACACAAGUCGACCACUCCGUACGAGUCGCUCAUCUACUCGCUCUGGCUCCCUCGAGUACGAACGACCAUCACCAACACGUGGGAUCCGUAUUCGCCAACCCCGCUCAUUGCCCUCGUCGAAGCCUGGAAGGACAUCUUGCCUCCUUUUGUCCGCUACAGCCUUCUCAACAGUCUCAUUGUGCAGAAACUUAAGAACACACUGCACGACUGGAACCCCAGAAGCUCUCUCAGGAAAAAGCACACCAAGCCUCUUCCCCACAUCUGGCUGUUCCCCUGGCUACAAUACCUCGCUGAAGAGCACACUAACCCUAAGUCCUCCACUGGCUUGCUGACGGAUGUGCGCCACAAGUUCGGCUCUGCGUUGAAAUCUUGGGACUUGUCUCGUGGCGUCAUGCCUGGUCUUGACAGCUGGCGGGAAGUACUUCCGCAUCUGGAGCACACCCUCGUCCGCUACCUCCUGCCACGCCUAGCCAUGCACCUAUCAACAAACUUUACAGUCGAUCCUUCUGAUCAGGACCUCACACCGCUUGAGCAUGUCCUCGCCUGGACUGAAUUCUUCAAGCCCAGCACCAUGGGCCAGCUCAUGUUGGCAGAAUUCUUUCCGAAAUGGCACAACGUUCUGCACUUGUGGCUUACGUCGGACCCUGAUUAUGAAGAGGUCGGUCGGUGGUUCAGCUGGUGGAAAGAACAGUUUUCAGACACCAUCAAUGCAGUCCCAGCCAUUGCGCAGGCUUGGGAGCAAGGUUUGGAGAUGAUGAAUACCGCUCUCGACUUGGGCGAUGAUGCAAAGAACGAACUGCCACUCCCCGACGUGCCGUCUGGCGUUGUUGGAGAAGAAGAAGAGAAGCGUCCAAACUUUGCAGCAUCGACAGCCAGCAGGGCUGCCGAGGAGGAUGAGACUACCUUCAAGGAUGUCGUUGAGGACUGGUGUGGUGAGAAUGAUCUCCUGAUGAUCCCGCUCCGAGAGGCAGACAAGACAACAGGCUUGCCACUGUUCAGGAUCACGGCGAGCGCAUCUGGUAAGGGUGGUGCUAUAGUGUAUCUGAAGGGCGAUGUCGUUUGGGCAAUCAACAGAAAGGAUGAAACCAGGGAGCCACUUGGACUAGAGGAGGGCCUGAUCAAGAGAGCCGAAGGAAAAUAG